GAAAAUAUCAUUCUCCUUCUACAAGUUUCACAAAUUUCUGCUGAUGGGAGCAGGAAAAUGGCAUUUGCGACUUGAAAAUUCAUUUCUCAACUUCCUGUAUUGCGUUUAUGCGAUAAGCAUAGAUUACUUCUCAUUCAUGAUGGUUCAGCUGAUAUUGGUAUCCAUAUAUAUGUAUAGAGCCUGUCCUGAGAGAAUUAUGGAAUUGUGCUGCUACUAUGUCCAGUAUACAAACGUAUUGAUCAUGGGUUAUCUAAGCAAGAGGCCCCAGAUGAGACAGGUUUUAGACUACAUAUCCGAUAAAGAAAAGGAAGAAUUCACAGAAGAUGACGCAGAAAUUUACAAGAAAUAUGCAAAAAUUAAUAGGAAUUCCAUCUCUAUAAUACUCUCUCUAACUGUGUCAGCAGGAAUUCCUUGGUACAUAGUAGCCUUUAAAGCUUCUUUUGAUGAACAAGUAGAUCCAAAUUGUCCAAUAGGCAGAGGUCUCUGUUUCCAACUGUGGUAUCCAUUCAAUCUUUACCAGAGCCAGUACUGGAUCACCAAAACAGCUGAUACUUUACUAUUGCAUAGUAUGUUCUUCUCAUUGACCUGCGCCAGAGUUAUCACAGUGCUCUUUAUGGUGUAUGUUCUGGGACAGAUAAAAAUCGUACAGAAUAGGAUCAAGAGCGUUGAUUCCACAAGUAGGAAGUUGAUGAAUCAAAAGAGAGUCGAUUACGACAGUGCUAUAUUUGAGACAGUUACUGAAUGUGCAAGGCAGUAUGCUCAGGUUCAGAGGUUAAUGAGACUUGUAAAUAAAGCCUGCAAGGAGUUUGUCCUUCUCGCAUUCUUUUGCAAUUCCAUGGAAGUGGCGUUAUUUUUGAUGCAGUUAUUGAUGGCACAAAAUAUCGAUGAAGCUGUUCAAAAAACUGUCGUAGUAUUUAUGACACUUACUCAGAUGUUCUUAUUUUUAUGGUACGCUAAUGAAAUCAAAGUGGAGAGUGUUGAAGUUGCUAACAUCAUCUAUAAUGAAACUGCAUGGAUAAACUACAACUCAAAAGCAAGGAAAACCUUGUUGCUAGUAAUGAUGAGGUCUCAAAAACCGCUGACAUGUAAUUCAGCCUUUAUUGGUGAUAUGACCAUCGACACAUUCAAGAGCAUGAUCAAGCUGUGCUACUCCAUUACAACAUUUUUUAAAACUGCCUAUUUGUAGAUCAAAGAGAAGAAUUCAAAUAUUUUUAUUAAUCACGGUUUGUAUUCUCAAAUAAAGGAAUUUGACUUGUAAUU